GGAGGAAUCGAGGUUCCCUAGGAGGCCUAUGGAGACAAGCCUGGUAGUUAUGGAGAAUUGUAAGUGCAGUUCCUGAUAGCUUUGCUUACCGCCUUGGUCAGGAGAAGUCUGACAGGGUAGAAAACUGGCCUAGGCAUAGAAUAGCUCGUGAGGGUGCGUUUGGUGGUGGUGAUUUCUGUUGUCCCCAGAUCUGACGGCUCGGUUUCCUGUCCUGUGUUCCUACGUUAUUGCGGAAAGUAAACUAAGGGACAGUUGAACACUCGGUCAGGUCCGGCCAUCAGCAUAGCUGACUACCCAGCAGCGGCUUCUGGUACUUCCCGCUUUCGAAGCUCGCUUGCCUUUCCGUCGUCGAGCCUCCGUAACCAGACGUUAAGCAGUCAUGAGGCGACGACACGAGUCCACGUGGGAGAAGCUGUUCCACUACCGGGGCGUCAUUGUCGUCGUUUCCGUCCCUAUCUUCCUUAUUAUCUUCAUUAUUCUAUUUAUGCCUCACGGGGAGCCAAUCACGGACGACCACGUCAUCCAUCACAGCGCGGCAGAUGAGGUCAACAAGGCGGUUGCUAAGAUGCAAGCCGCAGAGGACAAGUAUGCCGUCAUUAUCGACGCCGGAAGCACCGGGAGUCGCGUCCACGUGUACCGGUUCAACUCGAAGCUCGAACUGAUGGAAAUCGGCGACAACCUCGAGUUGUUUGAGCAGCUCAAGCCUGGUCUCAGCUCGUUCCGCGAGAACGCCAAGGGAGCGGCGGACUCGCUCCGUCCGCUCAUCGACAAGGCGCUCACCGUCGUGCCGGAGGAAGUCCGCCCCACCACGCCCAUCCGCGUUGGAGCUACAGCAGGCCUCCGUCUGCUUCCGGGCGACCUCGCUGACAACAUUCUCGAAGCCGUCCGCGUGAUGCUCAAGGAGUACCCCUUCGCCUUCGAGGCCGAUUCUGUCAAGAUUCUCGACGGCGCUGACGAAGGCUCUUUUGCAUGGGUGACGGUGAACUACCUGCUUGGUUAUUUGGGCAAGGACAUUGGCCACACGGUGGGGGUGGUGGAUCUGGGCGGCGGGUCCGUGCAGAUGACGUACGCGGUGCCUGAUGACGUGGCACGGAAGGCGCCGGAGGGCUACGUGAGGAAGCUGAGCGGCAUGGGCAAGACGUACAGCGUCUACGUGCACAGCUACCUGGGCUUCGGUCUGAUGGCAGCUCGAGCGCAGGUGCUCAAGGCCAAGCCCGCUGAGAGCGAGGGGCAUGCGUGUCUGCCCAAGGGCACUGAUGACAAGUAUGUGUACGGCACAGAGGAAGUCAAGGCACUGGCGCUAGCCACAGGAGGGAGUGCCAAGGAGUGCGCGCAGCUGGCAGCACGGGCCUUGGAGCUGGGGGGUGCUGUUGCUGGCGACGCUGCUCCCGCCUGCUCCUUUGAGGAGUGCACGUUUGGGGGCGUGUGGAGCGGGGGCCGGGGCGAGGGCGCUUCCAAGCUCUUUAUUGCCUCCUACUUUUUCGACCGGGCUGGCCAGCUUGGCGUUAUUCCUGACGCCAAGGCGUCAUCAGCUCCCGUCAAGGCAAAGGACUUUGCAGCGGCAGCUGAGGCGGCUUGUGCCACACCUCUGGAAGAAGUCACGAAAAAGUUUCCUCAGGUGGACCAGAAGGACGCGCCCUACAUGUGCUUGGACGUGGUGUACCAGCACAAGCUGCUCACUCAUGGCUUCAAGAUCGAUGAUGCGGCAGAACUCACACUGGUGAAGCAGGUGGCUUACAAGGGCAAGGACGUCGAAGCAGCUUGGCCACUGGGUGCUGCAAUUGAUGCGAUAUCGUCUUGAGAGGUCUUGCAUCUAUGUUUUGUUAGAUGUUAUGCUAUUGAUGGAAGUAGUCAAUUGUGAAUCUAGAAAAUCUUUUGUCGUACGGUAUGAAAUGAAUCUGAUUAUUGAAUGGAAAACCGUGCUGACUU